GCGGGCAAACGAAAACCACCAACGUCCCACUGCAUAAUCAAGCUUUUGCGCCAUCCUCUCCUACGUUGGGCCCCGCCAACCGCAAUGGCCGCUCUCAUCGACGUCUCACUGCUCCGCCCACCACCGUCCCUGCUGCCCUUCUCUAAACCCAGUCCGAGGCCUCACAUUCACAGACCUCUCAAGCUCCGCUGCUCUAUCGCGGAGGGGCGCACUCGUUUCCCACCAACUAUCGACGGUGGAGAACUGGCCACUGUGGAUUGCGUAAUAGUUGGAGGUGGGAUCAGCGGCCUCUGUAUUGCCCAGGCGCUCGCCACCAAGCACAGUGACGUCGCUCCAAAUGUGAUCGUGACGGAGGCUAAGGACCGAGUUGGUGGUAACAUCACCACCGUUGAGAGGGAUGGGUAUCUCUGGGAAGAGGGUCCCAACAGCUUUCAGCCGUCUGAUCCAAUGCUCACCAUGGUGGUGGAUAGUGGGUUGAAGGAUGAUCUAGUUCUAGGUGACCCUAAUGCACCGCGAUUUGUAUUGUGGGAUGGAAAGUUGAGGCCUGUUCCCUCAAAGCCAACUGACCUUCCAUUUUUUGAUUUAAUGAGCAUUGGUGGAAAACUAAGAGCCGGUUUUGGUGCUAUUGGCAUUCGCCCUCCUGCUCCAGGUCAUGAAGAAUCAGUUGAGGAGUUUGUGCGCCGUAACCUGGGUGAUGAGGUUUUUGAGCGCCUGAUUGAACCAUUUUGUUCGGGUGUUUAUGCUGGGGAUCCUUCAAAACUAAGUAUGAAAGCAGCAUUUGGAAAAGUUUGGAAGCUAGAGCAGAAUGGUGGUAGCAUUAUUGGAGGCACUUUCAAAACUAUCCAGGAGAAAAAUAAAGCACCCAAGCCAACCCGGGACCCGCGUCUACCAAAACCAAAAGGCCAGACAGUUGGAUCUUUUAGGAAAGGACUUUCUAUGUUGCCCGAGGCAAUUUCUACCAGUUUGGGCAGCAAAGUUAAAUUAUCAUGGAAGCUGUCAAGCAUCACUAAGUUGGAUGGUGGAUAUAAAUUGACAUAUGAAACCCCAGAAGGAGUGGUGUCUCUUCAGAGUAAAACUGUUGUCAUGACCAUCCCAUCCUAUAUUGCCAGUGAUCUGUUGAAUCCUUUAUCAGCUGCUGCUGCGAAUGCACUAUCCAAGUUUUAUUACCCCCCGGUAGCGGCAGUCACCAUUUCAUAUCCAAAAGAAGCAAUUACGACAGAAUGCAUAAUUGAUGGUGAACUUAAGGGGUUUGGCCAAUUGCACCCACGCAGCCAAGGGGUGGAAACUUUAGGGACUAUAUACAGUUCAUCACUGUUUCCUAACCGAGCUCCACCGGGCAGGGUUUUGCUUCUAAACUAUAUUGGUGGGGCUACAAACCCUGGAAUUUUGUCAAAGACUGAAGGUGAGCUUGUGGAAGCAGUUGACCGUGAUUUGAGAAAAAUGCUCAUAAAUCCUACAGCAAAGGAUCCUCUUGCAUUAGGUGUUAGAGUAUGGCCACAAGCCAUUCCCCAGUUCUUGGUUGGUCAUUUGGAUCUCCUAGAAACUGCAAAAUCUGCUUUAAAGGAUUCUGGUUAUGAUGGCCUAUUUCUCGGUGGCAACUAUGUGUCCGGGGUAGCUCUGGGACGAUGUGUAGAAGGUGCUUACGAGGUUGCAGCUGGAGUGAAGGAUUUCCUUUCAAAAUAUGCAUACAUAUGAUAUUGCACAUAACAUAACCAUUAGGACUACCCAUUGAGAAGCUCCCGGAUUAAGACUUCAGAUGCAUUGAGGAACAGAUUCUAGGAUAAAAUUUUUGGGUAGGCUAUUUUGGAAAUACAGUUCCUUACAACAAGUCUGUUUAUUUGUAGGUGUAUUUUAGGUACAUAUAAUUUAGUUGUUGGGCAAUACUAAAAUUUGUUCUGUGAU